AUGGAUACGACUUGGAUUACACAACCACGAAAUACGCCAGAGUAUGCUAAAGGACUUAAUGGAUUCCUUGAUUUUGCCUUUAAAAAUCGUCCAAAUGGAAUGGCAAAAUGUCCCUGUAAAAAAUGCGGUUUCAAAACACCGCAAAGUAGAAGUGUGAUGUAUGAUCACUUAAGAGCGACACCAUUUCCAGUGGGAUACACUGAUUGGUGCUAUCACGGUGAGGUCGCGAUAGGAGAAAAUAGUAAUGGUUCAUCUAGUAAUCCUACAAAUGCAGUUCAUGACAUUACAAAUGGAGAAGAUCCUAUCCAGAACAUGCUUAACGAUGCUUUUGGAGUUGAUAGGAAUCAUGCAAAUGAAGUGCCUAUUGCAUCGAAUGUCGAUAUUGAAAUAGAUGAAGAUGUGACACCGGACGCGACUCAGGAGGGGAAUGAAGCAAAAGAGUUUUAUGAAUUAGCAAAAGAGGGGGAACAACCUUUGUAUGAAGGGUGUAAAAAAUAUUCAAAGUUGGCUUUUUUGGUGAAGUUGUAUCAUAUCAAAUGCUUGUGUGGAAUGAGUGAUAAGUCCAUGACAAUGAUUUUAGAACUCUUGCAAGAUGCAUUUGAACAUGCAAAGAUUCCAAGCUCAUUUUAUGAGGCGAAGAAAACAAUCACGAAACUUGGUUUGAACUAUGUAAAGAUUCCUGCUUGUCCGAAGGAUUGUAUGCUUUACUGGGGAAAUAAAGAAGAUGAGGAGAGGGAAACUUGUAAAGUUUGUCACACUUCCAGAUGGAAAUCAAGUAUAAAAUCUAAGGAGCGUGAGACAGGAAACGCUGACAACAGUUUGAAGAAAAUCCCUGCAAAAGUUCUUCGUUAUUUUCCAUUAAAACCUCGAUUACAAAGACUAUUUUUGUCUUCAAAGACAUCGGAGGAUAUGAGAUGGCAUGCUUUAAGUAAUAACAAUGAUGAAAUGAUGAGGCAUCCUAGAGAUUCUGAAGCAUGGAAACGAUUUGACUCGACACACCCUUGGUUUGCAUCGGAUGCACGAAAUGUCCGUCUUGCAUUAGCUACUGAUGGGUUUAAUCCCUUUGGCAUUAUGAGUUCAAACUACAGUGUCUGGCCCGUAAUUCUCAUUCCAUACAAUACUCCUCCAUGGGUGUGCAUGAAGCAGACAUCUUUUAUAAUGUCGAUGAUAAUUCCUGGAAAAAAUGCUCCAGGAAAUAACAUAGAUGUCUACUUACAACCUUUAAUGAAAGAGCUGCAAGAUUUAUGGACAACCGGUGUAGAUGCUUAUGAUUCUUUCAAGCAUGAGAUGUUCAAAUUACAUGCAGCUUUGAUGUGGACAAUAAGCGAUUUUCCUGGUUUAGGUAAUCUCUCUGGGUGGAACACGUACACUGGAUAUGCUUGUCCAACUUGUAACAAAGACUUUAAACCUUGCCGUCUUAAAAAUGGCAAAAAAUGGUGUUUUAUGGGCCAUCGUCGGUUUCUUGAUCGGAGACAUCGAUUUAGAUUGAACCGAAUUCGCUUUAAUGGUGAGCAAGAAUUGCGCGAUCCAUCAAGAAUGUUAUCUGGUUCAGAAAUUCUUGAACAAAUUUGUGACAUUAACGUCACAUUUGGCAGAAGUGUAGAGAAGAAAAAGAUUAGAAAAAGGUCACAACUUGAAGAUGGUCCAAAGUGGAACAAGAAAAGCAUAUUUUUUGAACUUCCAUAUUGGAAAGAUAAUUGUUUGCGCCACAAUCUUGACAUGAUGCACAUUGAAAAGAAUGUAUGUGAAAAUAUCAUAUUUACUUUGCUAAAUGAUAGUGGAAAAAGUAAAGAUAAUCUUAAUGCUCGAAAAGACCUUAAACUCAUGGAGAUAAGACCUGACCUCUGGCCAAAUGAAAGUGGAAAAUAUGCGUUAGCUGUAUAUGCAAUGACUAAAAGAGGUAGGAAGGAUUUCUUGGCUACUUUAAAGAACAUUAAUGUGCCUGAUGGGUAUUCGAGUAACAUUUCUAGGUGCAUUGAUUUGGAUAAUGGCAAGUUGAAUGGGAUGCUAAAAAGUCACGAUCGUCAUGUAUUGAUGGAGCAACUGUUACCGUUAGCCAUGCGGACAUCAUUGCCUGACAAGGUUUCGGCAGUAUUAAUUGAGUUGUGCUCAUUCUUUAGACAAUUGUGUGGUAAAGUGCUUAAAGUUGAAGAUUUGGACAUGUUGCAAAAUAAAAUCGUCCUCACUUUAUGCCACAUGGAAAUGUUAUUUCCUCCUUCAUUUUUCACUGUUAUGGUUCACUUGGUUGUUCACCUUGUUGAAGAAGCUAAGCUUGGAGGUCCUGUUCAUUAUCGGUGGAUGUAUCCUAUAGAAAGGUACCUAGGACAUCUAAAAUCAUAUGUUCGUAAUAAAGCACGACCUGAAGGCUCAAUAGCUGAAGGUUACCUUCUCGAAGAGAUUCUUACCUUUUGUUCAAGGUAUUUGGACGAUAUUGAAACAAGAUGGAAUCGAUGUGGUCGUGUAGAUGAUGAACCUAAUGAUGAACAACCUCAAUCACGAAUGUCUGAAUUGUUUCCUUUAAUUGGAAAACCAGUCGGAGGCUCUUCAUAUUUUACCCUUACACGAAGAGAAAAGUUGCAGGCUCAUCGGCACGUUUUAACAAAUUGCCCUGUAGUUGAUUAUUAUAUUCAGCAAUUUAGAACUAUAGUAAAGAGACAAAUGAGGGGAAGGCAUUCUUCUGAGGUAGACAAAAAAGUCCAUAGAGAAUUCGUUCAUUGGUUUUCCAAUCGUAUUGGCAACAAUCUUGACAGUCUUAGCGGACCAGAUAAAGAUGUUCUUAUUAGUCUAGCACAAGGUCCUCUGGACCAAGCUAGAAGGUUUACUGCUUACAAUGUUAAUGGAUUCAAAUUUCGGACCUUGGCACGAGACAAGUUAUUGAAAACACAAAAUAGUGGAGUUUUUAGCUCAUUUGGAACAAGAAGUUACUCAAGCAGUAGUGAUGACCAUAUGAGGUUUGGAGACGUGCCUUACUAUGGCAGAUUAAUAGAUAUCGUUGAGCUUUUCUAUUGCGGCUUUUCGAUUGUCAUGUUCAAAUGUGAAUGGGCUAAUACAACUAACCCAAGAGGCAUGAAGAAAGAUAAAUUGGGUUUUACUUCUAUUAACUUCGCAAGCUUAAGACAUACUGGAGAACACGAAGAUGAUGAACCAUACAUCAAAGCUUCUGAAGCUCUAAUGGUCUUUUAUGUCGAUGAUGAGAAGGAACAAGGUUGGAGCAUACCAGUUCAUUUGAAGCCAAGAGACUUGUACGACAUGGGUGAAGAUGAAAGUGAAAUAAUGGCAUCCAAUGAGACAUAUCCAUCACAAAACUUGGAAGAACUCUUUCAAGAUGAUAACACACAUAUCCCUUUAGCAAGAGUUGUAAUAGACGAGGAUCCUGAAAGUUCAGCCAUCAAUCAUCACUCUGAUGAUGAUAAUAAUGAUAUGUUAAUUUGA